ACGCGAAAGCAAGCAUUUCCGCUUGAACUGAAUCGAAGGGGAAGGGGUACAACGCGACGGGAAUUGUAGUUUAGGUUGCCACAAUGGAGCCGGAGAGCUGCCUCGAGAAGUCUAGCGGUGGCCGCUUCAGUGCUAAGGCUGCGGAGGAGCGGCUGCCGGUAUUAGUGUCAGCGGUGUUGCCUGCCGGAGGAACAGGGGAGCGUAUGGGCGGCGGCACUCCGAAGCAGUUUUGCCCGAUUCUGGGAAGACCGCUUAUUAGCUAUACGGUGCAGGCGUUGGAAAGAAUCAAUUGGAUAUCUCAUAUUGUCGUGGUGGUAUCUUUAGACAAUGUUGAAAUAAUGAAGUCUAUCGUAAAACGGUAUGGCCACAAACGAUCAGUGAUAGUUGAAGGUGGAACAAGUCGUCAUAGAUCAAUCUUCAAUGGACUUGAAAUAUUUGUAAAGAAUUCCCCAAUCCAGAAACCAGAAGUUGUAAUUAUUCAUGAUGCUGUGAGACCAUUUGUUGAGAAGGAUAUUAUUUUUAAAGUGGUUAUGGCUGCCAAAGAACAUGGGGCAGCAGGAGCAAUCCGUCCUCUUGUCUCCACUGUUAUUGCUUCGUCUGCAGACGGAUGUUUAGACCAUUCACUAGAUCGUGCCAAGUACAGAGCAAGUGAAAUGCCUCAAGCUUUCUUAUUUGAUGUAAUCCAUCAAGCAUAUCGUCAGUGUAAUGACUAUGACCUGGAUUAUGGAACAGAAUGUUUGCAUCUGGCUCUAAAGUACAGCAAAACAAAUGCUAAACUUAUUGAAGGCCCUCCAGACCUAUGGAAGGUGACCUACAAGAAGGAUCUCUAUGCAGCUGAAUCUUUAAUUAGGGAGGCAAUAUCACAACAAGUUUGUGUUAUCACUGAUAUGAAUGAAAAUGCUGUGCAGGUGGGGUUUCUCCUGCAUAAAACAUUGAAGAGUCAUGUGAAACAGGUUAGAAGUUUAUCAUCAACCCUAUGUAAAGAUGAUAACCAUCUGCAAAAUAUCUUAUUAGGACAGUGUUACAACUUUAUUUGCAUAAAUGAUACACCGUCUGACUUUCAGAAAACUCAACAGCUAGUGGAAAUGCUUGAAAACACAAAUGCUUCUGUUUUAUAUUCCAUCGUUCUAAUUUCGGUACACUUGAAUAACUUAGAAGACACAUCUUGCAGCAGUGAAAUGCCCAAGUUAGUUGAACUUGCCAAGGAAGUGAAUAAGACAAAUAUUUUCCUUUAUGGUCUCAUUAUACACUACCAACAGGACAACAUGAAACUUGAAGAGAUCACUGAUUCUGCUUCUGCACUUAUCAUGGCAUUGAUUAGAGACAGAAAUCCUGCCUUCGUUGGCCAGCUUCUAGUAGCAUGAGAGAGAAAUGCUAAAUUCUUUGCCAAACUUUCAAGCAGGAGUUCUGAAAUCUUUUGCUGAUUAAUGAAAACAUGGAAUGUUUAAAGUUGCAAUUACAAUCUAGUACCAGUGUAUUUUGAAUGUCAGUGGUUAUUUAGGAGAGCGGUUUUAUGUGAAACAGAAGUUAUUAUAAGGUGUACUGGGCUUUGUUGAAUGUUGCCUUAACUGCCUUUGUACAGAGUAUGUGGCUAAAAUAUGAUAGUGUGUUCUAAGGGGCUAUCAUCGGAGUUAUUUAUUUCAAAAUGUUAUGGGCAUGGUCCAGUGAAGCACUUUAAGGCAUGUUUCUUCCAGUAAGAGAUAUUUUAAGUAUGUAUUUAACACUCCCAUUUCUAUAGACCUUUUCCUAUGGGACUCUCAAUUCAGGAAACAUUUUUAGAGCUCAUAGCGAUUCAAACAAUGUUGCUCUUGUGACCUCUUAGAAAUGACCCUUUAAAAUGGAACUUCACUAUAAAUUCAUAUUAAUCAGUGUCUGUCCAUUUUACUGUUUCUACACCUUGAAGUAUGAAAA